UCCUGGCAUAGCAGCAGCCUCUUGCGCAGCCCAGCCUCUUUCUCCGCGGCUCUCAUUGCAGCUGGAGGAGGCAGGCGCUGCGCGCAGUCGCCUUCCUUCCAGCAGGGGCGGACGCAGGCAGGCGCUUCUGGGCAAGGAAGCUAGGCUUCCAUGCACGCACGUACACACACAUUCCCUCAGUUGCCCGGGACGGCAGCACGAGUGACGGCGCUGGCCGGGCUUGAGCGCACCUUUUCUCUUCGGCGCUCCGCAGCCAGAAAGGACACCAAGUCGUGCGGCAGACUCACCGGAGCACUCCGGCUGCUAUGGUUGGGGUCAUUUGGCUGGACAGUGGCUGCUAGUUUACAGGAACAGAUUUUGUUUGUUUGCUGUUUUGGUGCAUUCAGGAAGCACUAGAGAAGAACCAGUUAGCUGAGAAUGAGGACAGCUGAGGAUUCCUCUGGAACUGUCCUUCACCGCCUGAUCCAAGAGCAGCUGAGGUAUGGCAAUCUCACUGAGAAUCGUACACUCCUAGCCAUACAGCAGCAGGCCUUGCGGGGAGGAGGAAGCGGUGGGAGCCCUCAGUCCUCCCUUGAGAGUCUCACGCAGGAUGAAAGCCAGAUGGUUCAGCAGUCAACACGACAGGAACCCCAGGGCCAGGAGCACCAUGCUGACCACCUCUACCUGGAGAAUAACAUGUACCGGUUCUACCAGCCUCAGCCCAAGGGAGAAGAGCUUCCCACCUAUGAGGAGGCCAAAGCUCAUUCCCAGUAUUAUGCCUCACAACGAGGACAGCAGGUUGGGGCCACCUUGUCUGGAGCACAUGCAGAAGGAGGACAGCGCAGGACCUAUGCCUCUGACAUUAGCAGCAAACCCCAGGAUGAGUCGCUGAAAGAGCUGAAACAUGGUCAUGUACGGUCACUCAGUGAGCAGCUCCUGCAGGUGUCCCAGGAGAGGAAUGGUGCCCAAGCACAGAACCACAUGAGUUCCUCUCACAGCUACCCUCAACUUUCCAGGCACCACCAACUCUGUCUCUCCAGAGGAAAGUCCUCUGGGGCAUCAGAGUCCCGUGGUCCUCCUCCAGAAUACCCUUAUAUAAUCCCUUCACAGGAGGCAUCAGAAGGUUACCUUUCUGACCCCAGACAGCACUACAGAGAAGGCCCAGGAUUUCAACAUCCUGAAAUCAGGGUGAUGCAAGCUCCGAUGUCCCAAGCUUUCCUGCCACAGCAGGCUGCUCUCUGCCAUAACCAUCUGGGAUCACUCACUUCAGCUGGGGUGGCAGCUUUGAUGGCAGCUCAGGCUGCUUCAGCUAGUAACCACUUGUCCCAAAUGGAAGCUGGGUUGAUGGAGAAUAAGAAGUUGUUAAGGGAGAAUGAGAAGUUGCAGAGAGAAAAUGAGCUGUUGCGGAGGGAACUGGAGAGCUACAGUGAAAAGGCCAACCGGAUUCAAAAGUUGGAAAGCGAAAUUCAACAAAUUUCAGAAGAUUACGAAAAUCUAAUGAAAGCAUCUUCGAAGCGAGAGACUUUGGAGAAGACCAUGAGAAACAAAAAGGAUGGGGAAAUGAGGAGGUUGCAGGACUUCAAUCGGGAUCUCAAAGAGCGAUUAGAGUCUGCAAACAAACAAUUGGCCAGCCGAGCACAGGAAAACCAAGAAGGAAACCAAGGGACUAUGGCAAAACUUGUUGCCCAAAACUAUGAAUAUCAGCAAGAAAGGGAAAAGUUACAGCGGGAAAUUGCACGUCUGCAUGGCACUAAUGAAGACCAACGUCGGCGGGCUGAACUGUUGGAACAGGCUUUGAGCAGUGCUCAGGCCCGCACUGCUAAAAUGGAAGAUGAGCUGCAGAAGAAGCGAGCAUACGUGGAGAAAGUAGAGCGGUUGCAGCAGGCGCUGGGCCAGCUCCAGGCUGCCUGUGAGAAGCGUGAGCAACUGGAACUGCGUCUGCGGACUCGCCUAGAGCAGGAGCUGAAGAUGCUGCGGGCUCAACAGAGACAGAUGGGAGCCCCAGGUGGAGGAUCCCCUGAGUUGAAUGCCCACAUACUGUCGGAACAGCUGAGAGAAAAGGAAGAGAAAAUCCUGGCCCUGGAGGCUGACAUGACCAAAUGGGAGCAAAAGUACCUGGAGGAGUGUACUAUGCGGCAGUUUGCCAUGGAUGCCGCUGCCACGGCUGCUGCACAGCGGGACACCACCAUUAUCAACCACUCCCCACGCCAUUCUCCCAACAGCAGCUUUGAUGAAGACCUUUUGCUGGCAAACCACAAGCAUCAGGAGAUGGAAAACAGGUUGAAAGAACUUCAUGCCCAAAUCCUUGAGAAGGAUGCUGUCAUCAAGGUCCUGCAACAGCGCUCUCGAAAGGACUCUAACAAGGUUCAUCAGGGCUCCCUGCGGCCUGCAAAAUCGGUGCCAUCAGUGUUUGCAGCUUCUGGCAUGCAGUGUUGGCCAGGAAACUCAGUCAGUGAAAGUGAUUCCCGGAGCAAUGCCAGUAACAAGGCACUCAAAUCCUCAGUAGAAGCAACUGUCCCAUCAACUUGUAUCCCCUUCCACACCAAACAUGGCAGCAAAGAUGGGAGUACACAGACUGAAGGUCUUCCCAUGAACACUCCAUGUGAGGAGCCCAAACUCCAUGUUGAAAAAAAUGGUGGUGCAGCAAGUUCCCUAGAGAUUUUGCCAGCUGCUAAACUUCUGGACCUGUCGGACAUGGUGGAGAUUCUCAUCUGAGGAGCAGGAGCUCCUCUGUGGACCAGACCUAGGUGCUCUUUUCCGCCUUAGUGGAUUGCUGCCUUCUCAGGGGACAGUAGUGGACCAAGCCUGAGGAGCCCUUCGCCAAUUAGGAUGCUCUGUGGAAAGCAGGACUAAAGACUUUACAAGAAGGGCUGGAAGAGAUCAGCAACCAGAUAGUUGAUGUGGGGAUGAGUAUCUCCAGCUGUGGGAGAUGCCUGUGUUUGAAUAGUGCCUCGCAGGCAAAUUGUUCUGCAGUACACUGAACGACAGCUGGGGCACCAUGAGUUGAGGUUAAUGCUUGCAUCAAGGCAGCUGUUCUACUUUUUCCUCUGCUGCUGGUUUUCCCCAAGAGAUGGGAAUACAAACUGGGAAGUUGAGUGGGAUAUUCAUGCUGCCUGGGUGAGGACCUAGAGGUGGUAGCAUGUUGAAGUUUGGUGCUGGAAGAGGUGAUACGUGUAACUCACAGGGCUUCUGGCAGGUACCUGGACCUGAAGUGUAAACUAUCAUAAGCAAAAGAGUGUCUGGUGCUGGUGUGGCUAGAAUCAAUUUGCCGUACUCUUCCCCCAACCUCCUGUGUCCACUCUUCAGUUCAGAAGCAGAGGGACUGCUGCAGAUAUUGGGAAGUCCAAGUGAUCAUCUGGAAAAUAGCACAUGACCUGUCAUAGGUACUGGGGAAGGAAGAUCACAAAGAUGGUGCCACUGUUUUGUAAAUAUCUUCUAUAAGCCCAGUAAUCAGCAUGUUAGCCACAGUCCCUCUGGGCUUUUUCUGUUCCAUUCUAAUAUUUGCAGUGGAUCUGCUUCAUAUCACAGAACUAUUCUCCCCCUUUGUCUUGUUUUCAGGCUUCUUCAGUGUUUGCUUUUUUCCCUUCUUUUCUUCCAUUUCAUAUCCUGUUUGUCUAGAGUUAAAUAUCCGCCUUCACAGUCCUUCAGAUUCCAUUUCCUUUGAAGCCAUUUCCCAUGGUGCUUCAGACUGGAAUUUCCCUGCUCUUUGUUUGAGCAGCAGCCAGGAACCAGUUGUUUCUGUUUCUGUCUUGCCAUUGCCAAGUUAUCCUCUUCUAAGCUGGAUACAUCUCUAUGUGAUGUAGAUCAGCAUAGCUAUAUGGGGAAUGAAGGGCUCUGAUGGAAAAGGCCAUCUGGGUCUCAAGCAAGAUCGCAACCGGAUCUCUUAUUCAUAAGAAUGGACGUUGUUCUCCUAUUCGUAAAAAAUGGGAAAGUGAAUCAAGACUGUGUGGGGAGAGGAGGCAAAGUAUGUGUGCAGGAGUUUGGGUUAAGCUGGCAUUGUUUUGAAGUGGCUGAUAGUGGUUGUUUUCUAAUGAAUUAAAGGGCAUUUGUGGAAAUGAUGUGUGAUUGAACAUGGGGGUGCAAAACAACUUUAUAUCCCAAAUGUGUCUUUUUCAAAAGAAUUCGGAGAAAGUAUCUUUUAGAGGCACAUCCCUUCCUUUCUUUGGAACCACUCCAGAAUCUGCAUUCAGCCCUCUUUACACUCCUGCCUACUGACAGCUGGCUUCUGACAGUAGCCAACUCUGAGAUGAGUGCGUUACUUACUCCAAUAAACCUUUUGUUUGGUUCUGCCAUCACACACUUUCAUCCCCACCUCUGCUUCCUAGUUAAACAUAUGCAUUUGCUGGACAACUGCAUUGAAAAAAGAAAAAUCCUUCCAUAAAUGUGUAAAAAGGGUGUGUGGUUAUUGUGCGUUGUUUACAAAGUGAAAAACAGCAAACAAAAAGUUAUGAGAGAGAAACACAGCUUAAUAUAUUUCAUAUUAAUAUUUGGUAUUCCUUUUAAAAUAUUUUUGUGCUGUGAACUUUUUUUUCAGCCAGACAGUGAGGGGUGUUCUUUUGUUUUGUUUUUGGUGCAUUUUAAGUUAUCUUAAGUAUUUAAAUGUAAACCUGUUUCUUAUGCCGCCCUAUACCGAGAUUGCUGUAGCAUUCCACUUGGUAUAACAAUAUUUUAAUA